AUGUCCUCAAUAGUUCUUCUGGUUGGUCAGUGUGGCAAUCAAGUGGGACAUGAACUAAUGGGUUUGAUUGACAAGAGUGACACCCACCCAUUAAGUCACAGAGAUGGCAAAUUACGUUGUGUCUGUGUGGACAGUGAAUCUAAGGUCAUUAGGCAUAAUUACCGUGAAGAUACAAGAUCUAGCAGUUUGUACAGAGAAGCCAACUUGAUUGUCGGCCAAAGAGGACGAGGAAAUAACUGGGCACUGGGUUACCACGGAUUAAGUGGAGAGACAGAAGAUGUGUCACUGUUAAAUCGCUCCAUGGAAACUUUGCGAAAGGAAGUAGAGAGAUGUGAUAACUAUGCUGGUAAGAGACUAUCUGGUCUCAUCAAGGUUGUGCUCUAUCAGCGCACGGUGGUUCCUAAUGCCUAACAUUUGUUCACAGACAAGAAUAUCUAAGGUUUUGCAUAGGAUUUCACAUGUUCAAAACACUUGCUCCCUUCAAUUUUUCUCAGAGCACAGCCUUGGGUUUCAUAGUUUUGUUAGGCUGCUUAGUGAGUGGAUUGCCACUCACAGGGCUGUCAACCACCCACGUCUUCAAAUAUUGAGAAUAACAUUGAUAGGGAAGGGAUGAUAGAUGUAAUCAUAACACCUAAUUACUCCGAUUGUCACAAAUUUGCAAUGACAGAAAAUGCAAGGAAACCAAUCAGAUUAUUAUAUUACAAAGGCAUGCCAGAGUUGAUGAGGAAAAGUUCAAUGUUAACAUUAAAAGAGCUCCAACAAUGCAAAGUAGUUGAAAUUUUGUUGUCGGAAAGUCGAGUCUACUGAAGAAAUGCCAAUCUUCAGCACUUAUUGGGGAGAUUUUUAUUCUCUAAUUUGGAGAUCGGGAGAUGUUGACAGCACUGCACUCAGGUGAACAAGCAUGUGAAUAUGCCAAUUCAGGGCUCAGAUCAGAAAGAUCUUGAAUUCUAUCUUGUCCUUUGGACUAGCUUCCCUCAUAUUUUGCUGGCCUGAAUCAUUGCUUGCUUGUCAUGAGGUAAUGAUUUAGUUAAAACAUGAUUUGCCUGGACCCUUGCCCUUUGAGCUGCAAGUGAGCUCGACAAGUUACCUUCCCAGCAAGACAAUCUACUGGUCCCAGACAAGCAGACUAGACUUUUUUCUAGCCUUGAAUUGUAUAUUGGCUAAGGAAAAAUGAAGCCCCGGCAUUCACAUCUUGCCCACUCCACUGGCUAAAAAAGGAAAGCUGCCAUUUUAAUAUUGCUGUUUGCACACAACAUAACCUGUUUCCUAAAUAAAACAUUACCAAACCAGCCAGCUGGCUAUUUACAAGCGUGGCCGAGGAUUUGAACUCGGGACUACAUGAACAAAUCCAGCUAGCAGUAAGGGCGGGAUUUGAACUGGGGGCCUCCAAAUUCCAAGUCCGGUGCUCUAAGCACUCGGCCACGCUGUCUCCUCACUUUCAUCUAAACGCUGUUUAUUGUGAAUGGUUUUAUGAAAGCAUAUAGCAUUGACUAGAACAGCAUUAAUCCCAUAAAGUAACCCACUUAAAAAGAUAUCUGGGGACUGUCCAAUGAUUUCUUAAACCAAGGCUUAAGUUAGACAAUGUUUAAAUAAGCAAUUCUUAGAGCCUGUAUGGUCAGUUGUCAUCUUAGAGAGUACUGCAUUGAUUUUACUCAAAACGUUUUAUCAUGGUUUUCUCUGCAAGGCACAAUUGUAGUCCAUAGUCUUACUGGUGGCACUGGGUCUGGACUGGGAUCACAUCUUGUGGAGAGAAUAAGGGACACAUACCCUUUGGCACAUGUCAUGUCUGUUGCUGUUUCACCUCAUUCAUCUGGUGACAGUCCACUGCAACAUUACAACUCACUUCUAAGCUUAGCAUCUCUACAGCGGUGAGUGUGGUAGUUUGAAUGCCUUUCUCUAAACAACUCAUAUUUUUAUUUGUACUGAAUAUGACUGAUCUCAAGUGUUAUCAAUAUCGUCAGUUAUCUUCACUCUCAAGGCCACUUUCUGACUACAAUAAUAUUUUAAAACUACUGUGAGUUGAAGUUUACGACAAGAAAUCAGACUUGUGCCAUCUGCCGAACUUUGACCAGUCAAACAUAAUAUUAUUUCAGCUAUGAACUCAAUAGUUAGAACCACCUUGUACAGCAUAAUAAACAGGACCACAGGAAAGUAAUGCUCAGUAGCUUUUAUUUGAAUGGGCAAACUUAAAGAUUUCUGUGACAGAAUCAAAAGUUAGAAUCACCUUGUACAGCACGAGAAACAUUACCACAGGAAAGCACUGCUGAGGGACUUUCAUUUUCGUCAAAAACUGUUGAUUUUGUCCCCUUGUAAGAUAACCCCCCCCCCCCCUGCACAACCUCCCUCCGUUUUCAAGGUGGUCUCGCAAGUUCCACCUCAUACCUCAGACUUCAUGAGGGUGUAAUAUAUUAACUUGCAGGGCGGCACUUACUACGGAGAAAAGCCUUAAUAAAAAAUGCAUAAAAUUUAUGCACUAUGCAUUUAAUGACCAUAAAUGAUCUUCUUCUUUCAGACAUGCAGACGGGGUGUUACUUUUCAACAAUGACGAUGUUCUUCAUCAUAUAACAUCACACAGUGGGCUAGUAUCACGACAUAAGCCAUCAGGCUCCAUCUCACUCAAAGAUAUGAACAGCUACAUUUCAGCAAGCCUUGCUGGAGUGUUACAACCCUUAGGCAAAAAGCCUAAACGGAUAAAGGGAAAACCCAAGGAAAGGGCAAGUCGAGUAAUGACAGACAUUAUGAAGGAUUCAAAAAGUGAGAAGUUUAGCUAUAGUGGAGCACGACCGAGAAAACAAGACAGUAUUUCUAAAAAGCUUUCGUUUUCUAUGGAUGACCCUCUGGGUAAAGAGGAUUUCAGUUUUAACUGGUCAGCAGUGACUGCUACUCCUCAGCGAAACUCCUCUGCCUCAUAUCUAUCUGAUGACUAUUCCGUAGAUACGCUUUCUUGCGUAACUGAUUUUGACUCUGGUGCCGAAAUGGCUAGACAACCCAGAUCGACUGCUUCAGCGCUGCUUCGCUAUCGGGGUAUCGUAAGCCCGCCAUCUUCAAAGACCAGGAAGUCGAACAUGAUUGACAGCUGUUUGUCAUCGCAGUUGUCAGCUGGAGUCUCAAGUGGCAAUGAACCAUGGGAAAUGCUCCGGUCUGUUUGCGCGGAACCAUCCAAAAAAUUUGCAACAGUGCAUCACCUGGCGAAGUUGAAGGUUACCUGGGAAGCACUCGCUCAAUCACUUAUUCACUCAAUACGUCGAUAUGACAGGCAAGGUAGCCAGUUUAGCACCCUAUGCUCUCUUCUCAUCGCCCGUGGAGACUAUGAGGGUUCCUUUGCAGAGGUGUCCACAAAAAUUGAAGAUAAAUUUCGACAGUCACUGGGAUGUGUGCAGUGGAAUCCUUUUCCAGUUGACUUUUGGAUAAGUGUGUAACCAGUUUCUUGUAAAUCACUAAAUAGCCUGCCAGCAAGCUCUCCAUUUCGAGCGGCGAGCCAAGGGCGCCACCUGCGCGUGACUUCCACCAAAUCCGCCAACAGAGAGGAGAAAUGUGACGUCAGGUUACCACGGUAGGAAAAUUUCUGGAUCACAACAAUCUUCUUGACAGAGACGGCCAUUUGCAUUGUCGAAAGAUGCAAGAAAAUUACGGGCUAGCGUUUUGUUCCUGAGUGUAAUCAUGGACAGGAAAGUCAUACAUGUCAACCUUUUCGCUAUUUUCUGUCAUAUCUGCAGGACCACGGUUUGUUGAGAUCCGGAAACCAACUCAACCAAGGGAACGUGAUGUAACGACUUUUUCUCUCUACUGAAGAGCUUGCUCGCAGGCUAACCACUAAAAAGUCAUCUUCAUUGAAUCUAGUCUGCACCUACCUCUUUCAACGCCUGCUACGCUGGCUACAUCGAAUCUUGCUGAAAUUGGGUCUCAGACAAGAACUUAAAAAAGAACUUAAAUAAAGACGUUUUUAAGCGCCGCACGUCAACCGGAACUGGACUCCUUGCAUUCUUGGGCAGUUGUUAUGCCCAAAUUUUCAGGUGAAUUGUCUCUAUGCGAGUAAAGAGACUUGAAGAUAUACAUUUAGUAGCGUCAAGGCAUAUUGAAAGAAAAAAGUCUCACUUGCGGUUGACGUUCGUCGCUCAAAAACGUCUUUGCUUAAUUACGUUCCCUAAUAGCCUGCACGGUAGCGGGCUGACUUGUGCGAGUUCGGGGAAAAUUUUGGAGACGGUGCGCGAGGAAUUUUUCCACGACCUUGCACGGGUAAGCCUGCUCGCAUGCUACAUGCACGGUGGUGUUUCGGCGUUCUUAAGCGCCUGAAAUACCGCACUUUCCCUUUCGAAACCCCUGUCAAGCAUGCUAAGAAGUUAAUUCAUUUCUGAACGUAUUAGGUCGUUUCGCCAUCGUCUUAUAUAUGUUAUUUGUCAUGUUUCUUUCUUAAAGUGUGAUUCACCAUUUUUUUAUAGGUCAGUAUAAUCCAGUGGGUCCUAAAGAUUCACAGUCUCUCACACUGUGCUUGAACUCCACAAAAAUAGUUGAGACACUAGAGGAUGUCAUGUCCAAGGCAAGAACAAUGUAUGACGCAGGUGCUUAUUUACAUUGGUUUUGGAAACACGGCUGUUCCAAGGUAAAGGCUGUAAAAAUUGAUUCAAAGUGGUUUCCAGCAACUGCGAUGACCUUCAUUGCAUUUAUUUAAGAUGAUUAUUUGUAGUAACGAGCUUUUUCUGUUGCUGCUCCGGAACUUUGGAAUAACUUACCGGAGGAUAUUAAAUCUGCAAACUCAAUUGAUGAUUUUAAACGCAAACUUAAAACAUUUCUUUUUAUGCGAACUUAUGAAUCGCGACGUUUUUAUUUGUUAUCUGAUUUUUUUAUCUGUUGUGUACAUUUAUCUAUUUUGUAUAGUUAGCGUCUAGUUUUAAUGUCAAUUUCUUGCGAUUAAUUUUUACUUUUUACUUCUAUCUAAUUUUUUGUAAACAGCGCCUUUGAAUCUUGUAGAAAAGGCGCUAUAUAAGUGGAUUAUUAUUAUUAUUAUUAGUUAAUACAAGUUUGACUGGAACAUUGAAAAAGAACUCCCCCGCUGAUCUGUCGGCCGACUGUCGGUAGACUGUCGACCAACAGUCGGGCGACGAACGGCAACAAACUGUCACAGUCGGCCGACAAACGGUUUUUUACCGUUGCAUGCCAGGUUCCUGACCGGCGUAAAUGCCCCCAAAAAAGAAAGACGAGGGAGAAGUAGUGCUGAAGACGACAAAGGGCAGUUUCAAUUUCUUCUUUCCAUAAAAGCGCAAAGAAAGGUGAGAAAAAAUUAGGAUGCGUUCUCCUUCGUUUAACGCAGUUCGUGAGUUGGCAAGCACGACGGCCGCAACACAAAACCAUUUAGGUGGAUAAACAAAACUUUGCCAUUGCACGUGCUUGUUGGAUCUUGGUUUAUUUAUCUACCGUUCUUUAAAAAGUGUGACCACGAUAUUUGUGACAAGGUGUGUUUCUUUUUUCAAUAACUGUAGAAUGAUUUCAUAGAUGCGUUUGACACGUUGGAGUCUGUUGUGGACGAUUACAAGCUUGCAGUGAGAUAA